AGCACGAACCCCGGCGGAGCCCCGCGGCAGCCAGGCAAGAUAUGAGAAAUGAGUGUUGGACGCAGAAGAUUAAAGCUGCUGGGAAUUCUGAUGAUGAUAAACAUUUUUAUUUAUGUGAUUGUGGAAGUCUCGAAGAGCGGCAGCCAAGACAAGAAUGCAAAAGGCCGUGUUGUUAUACCACGUAGCAGAUUCUGGAGGAAAUACACUCCUCACAAAGCUUAUUGGAACAAACAGCAGCAGAAGCUUGAGCUGCUGUACAACCCUAUUCUGUCCUUGCUUUCCAACAUGACUGUGGAAGAAAACUUAGUUUCUAACCUGAGUGCUCUCAAUUCCUGUGACCCUGACCCCUCGGUGCACUCAGAGGUUAGUGACUUUGCAAACUUGCCAGACAGAUUCAAAGACUUCCUCCUCUAUUUGAGGUGUAGAAAUUACUCAUUGCUAAUGGAUCAGCCAAACAAGUGUGACCAGAAACCUUUCCUGCUGCUGGCUAUUAAGUCACUUAUACCCCAUUUUGAUAGAAGACAAGCAAUCAGGGAAUCCUGGGGCAAGGAAAUAAAAUCAGGGGAUGUGAUAGUCAGAAGGGUCUUCUUACUUGGGCAGACCCCACCAGAGGAUAAUUUUCCUGACCUUUCACACAUGAUUAAGUUUGAGAGUGACACCCACCAAGACAUUCUCCUCUGGAACUACAGAGACACUUUCUUCAAUCUGACUCUGAAAGAGGUGCUGUUUCUGAAGUGGGUCAGCAGCAGCUGCGCAAACGUCCAGUUUAUUUUUAAGGGUGAUGAUGAUGUUUUUGUGAAUACCAAUCAGAUCCUGGAUUACUUGAAGAGCUUAUCAAAGGAAAAAGCCAAAGACUUAUUUAUAGGUGAUGUGAUCAAAGAUGCUGGACCUCACAGAGAGAAAAAAUUGAAGUACUACAUCCCAGAAAGUGUUUAUGAAGGUUCGUAUCCCCCGUACGCAGGAGGCGGCGGGUUCCUGUACUCUGGUGAUCUGGCACUAAGACUGAAUAAUGCAUCUGACCAGGUACUCCUCUACCCUAUUGAUGAUGUUUAUACUGGAAUGUGCCUUCAGAAGCUUGGGCUUGCUCCAGAAAAACACAAAGGCUUCAAAACAUUUGAUAUCGAAGAGAAAUACAGGAAUAACAUCUGUUCCUACACUAACUUAAUGUUAGUGCAUAGUAGAAAACCUCAAGAAAUGAUUAGGAUUUGGACACGCUUGCAAGAUCCACACUUAAAUUGUUAAAGUAAUGUGCAUAAGUGUCUUAAGUCCAAAAAAAAAAAAAACUUUGCAAGUUUGGGUCACUGAAGCUCUGUUUAAUGGUUGAAUUUUUGCUGUAAACUUUUCCCUGUACUUCUGAAAAUGAGAGUAAUACUGAAAUUCAAAGGGAUGGUUUGAAGACUUGGUCCUGACUUUUCCACUGUCCUGGUGGUCAUUAUGUUUCAAUAUUAGUCUUAAUUUUAAGAAAGACUUUGAGGCUAUAACUGGCUGUCAGUGACUGGUUAGCUGUGCUGGAAACAGAGAUUGCCUACCCCAAUGCAUCUUUCAUCAGUUGUGAUGGUGGAAGAUUAUUUUCCCUUUAGUAGUGUUUGUGUGUGGAAACCACUGUAAAUUGAAAAUACACAAAUUGGGGGAAUGUAGUUUUACUUUUAGAUAUGAUACGCUUACAAGACUUUGAAUUUUGAUUUUUUUUUUAAAAUUUAUAGUUUUCAGUCCUUUUGCACCCUGGAACAGUGUUUUUUUCCUUUACUUAUGAUCCUUUGUGCAAAAGGUACCUGUGUCUGAAGGAUUUACCCUUUUAUUAGAUGAAGUUGCCUUCCCCCCCCCCCCCUCCAAAAAAAGAUCAUUCUGCUUGAAAUGCCCCCUAAGAGCAAAAUGUGUGAGGAAAAAGAUGAGGUUUUUUGGGGGCUGGGCAGGUAGGGCUGCCGCUGCCUCAAGCCUACAUACUGAAGCUGACUUGUUCAUGUUAUUGUUGUGGAAAGCUACUCUGGUCAAUCCUUGCUUUCUGUUCAGGCACUAAAUGUGAUCAGGUAGCUUGAUUUGAUGGAAAUGACUGAAAUUGCACAUUGCUUCCUGAGAGCGUGGUUUGGGUCUCCUGUAAAGCGGUGGCGAAUCCGGAAUUGUGCAGAUCCCGAGUUUCGAAUUCCGAACCAAACUUUGAAGCUUGCAUGAAGCCUCAUGUAGAGUCACGUGUGUCCUCGAAACUCAGAUCUUCUCUAUUUCCACAUCCUGCUUAUAAGAAUUACUCUAAAUAGUGGUUGCUUUCUUUGUAUAUGUAGAAGUGCCUGUCUAUUUAUUGUUCAGAUUGAAGACCAAAACAUUUUCUUAAAUAUAUUUUGUGUAACAUUUUAUUUGUAUAGUGUCGUCACUCGGAUAUUUAAAUAGAGCAUGAUAUUUUAAAUCUAAGAUGUGU